AUGGAUUUUAAGGAAAAUUCUAUUUAUAUAAACGUGAUGGAUAAAAUUUACGCUAGAGAAAAGGAGGUGCUUUCUCAAAACCAAGAUUUUCAAGAGAAUAACUUGAGUAGAAUAUCUCUUAUAUUGAACUAUGAAGAUUUUUCCCUUAAAUUUGAUGAGAGUCUCCAUGGCUAUUCAUUUGGAUACGUAACUAAUCCUUUUGGCUUGAAACUCCACUCACCAUUUACUGAAACUGUCCGCUUUGAUGGUGCUGAAAAAUAUAUAUACAUGAAGAGAAUUCUUGGUGUGCCAAGUAAUGAGACUCAACUUUGUAACUAUCAACAUCAAAAUUUUGAAGAAAAAGAUUCACAAAAAGAACUACUCCCAUCUCCACAACAACUUACACCACCAACAUCACUUCCAUCACUUCCAUUACUUCCAUUACCCCAAGCACCAGAACAAAAUGAAGAACAACAACUUACACAACCUCCAUCACCUCCAUCAAUUCCACCACCUCCACCUCAAAAAAAACAAAUACAAAUCUUUAUAACUCCAUCAGGAAUUGUUUCUCAAAAAAUACAAAAUUUUUUUAGAGAUACUCAAAUUAAAUCAACUGAUCCUGUAAAUUGUUCUUUAGAUCAUUCGAUAAAAAAAAACUAUAGUUUGGAGGAAAUUUACGAAAAUAACAAAAAUUAUAUGGAUAAAAACAAUAAUUUUUUACACUUUUUAUUUACAUUUAUUGAUAAAAUUACAAUCAAAGACUUGGAUCAUUUUGAAAAGGAAAUUAAUAGAGUCCAUAAUAUCAAAAAAUUAAUCAACCAACAAAAUAUGAAAGGUGAAACUCCGCUUCACUCAUUAAUUAUUAAUAAUUCCGAAAGCUGUUUGAAGAAACUUGUAAUAGCUAAAAUUAAUCAUAUGGGUAUUUUCGAUUAUUCAAAAUGUGACAAUUUGAAUAAAAACCUCCUUGCGCAUGCAAUUGAAAAGGGAGAUAUUGAUGUUAUUCGAUUGGUUUUAAUUGGUGGUUGUCCUUUAAAAAUGUCACCAAGAUCGAAAUUAUUUAAAAAAAACUUCAAAAUAUAUAGACAACAAAUAUAUAGAGUAUUUGAAAUUAAAGAAUUUUUAACAAAAAUUGGUUUUAAUCAAUACAUUCCAAUGUUUCUUGAAUUCGAAUUCAAAAACAUUAAUAUAAACUAUCUAAUUGAAUCUUUUAAAUUUAAAUUAAAUAUAAAUGAAGAUGAAAUCUUACUAUGGAAAUUAUUAACUGAACCUUACAAAAACUUGGACUUUAAGUCCUUUUGUAGUGAAUAUCAAAUAAAACAUCAAAAUGAUUUAAUAUCUGAAACAAUGGCUAAUCAUUUCAUAAAUGUAUGCCAACUCAAUCCACAUUUUGGCUACAUCGAUUUCCAUACACAAAUUGGCUCUGCAGGUAAUGCAUCAGUUUUCGAAGGCACAUAUAAAGGAAUACCUAUUGCAUGCAAAGAAAUGCCAGUAAGUGGUACAUAUGAACAAAGUGUAGACUCGAUUAAAGAAAUUGCUGCAGUGGGUCAAAUAAAAAAAUUAGGUUGUGCAACUGUUGUUGAAACUAUUGGUGUCUUGAAAUAUAAUCAAAAAUUAUUUUUGGUAAUGGUGAAAGAAAAAUGUAACCUAUUAUCAUUUUUAUGCAACAAGUCUGAAAUUUUAAAAAUGCAAAGAGAGGGCAUUUGGACCUCAAUUUUUAAAAUAUCAAAGGAUAUCCUCAAAGGAUUGGUUUCGUUAAGAGAAGCCGGCAUGUACCACAGGGACUUUAAGACAGCCAAUUUUUUGGUGUCUAAUACUGGUAAGAUCCUUAUUAGUGAUUUUGGCACUAGUAGGGAUGAAAAUGAAAAGCGUCUCAAUACAUUUGCAAAGACCAUUGGUACAAUGUGGUACAGAUGUCCAAGAUUGGGAGAUUGUAGUGAAGAUGAAAAAACUUUAACCCAUUAUAAUGAAAAGAGUGAAAUUUACUCACUAGGAAUAAUUUUAUGGGAGUUGGUUUGUGUUGCAAUGACAGGAACCUACAUUUCACCAAAGAUACCAUUAUUUCAAAAUGAAGUUGAUUUUUUAAUUUGGAUUCACAAAGAUUACAGAUUUUCAUUUCCAGUUGGAACACCACAAUCAUUUGUAAAAUUAAUUACUAGAAUGUGUUUACCAUUUAGAGACAGAAGACCAACGGUCCGUCAAGUACUUGAUAAUGUUAAAGCUAUUAAAAAAGAAUUUCUUUCAAAUAGAGGUAUUGAAGGUGAACAAACUUAUAGUGGUCUUGAAUGUUGGAGAGAAUUUAACUUUUCAAAACAAAAUGUAACUAGAAUUUCAAUUUCAAAUUUACACAAUACAGAAUAUAAAGUAGUUAAUAAAUAUGAUUAUGCAAGUUACAAUAAUAAAAACUCAUUAUUAAUGAAACGAUAUUUGGAUAAUUCCAACUUUGUGGUAGAACUCAUCAAUCCAAAUGGUUUAUUUAGGUUCAAGUCUUUUUUCGAAAAAGAGAAACUACUAUAUUUAAAAUUAAAAUCAACAUAUAAAGAUGAAUAUUAUUUUGAUAUGAGUCAAUUCUUAACAACGAUCAUUCAAAUACAUCAAAUAACUGUAAUAUAUUAUAAAAUGUUACAAAAAUAUAGAGAGCUUCGUUUGUUAAGAAAUAAUAAUAAUAUUAAUAAAAAUAAAAAUAAUAAUAAUAAUAAUAAUAAUAAUAAUAAUAAUAAUAAUAAUAUUAAUAAUAAUAAUACUUUUAACAAUUCUACCAAUAAUAAUAGUAAUGAUAAUAUAAAUAUACCAUAUGAUUUUAAUAAUAAUAAUAACAACAAUAACAAUAGUUGCAAUAAUAGUAAAAAAUUUAAAUCAAUAUCAGAAUCAACAUCUGCAUUAGGAUUAGAAGCAUCAUCAUCAUCAUCGUCAUCAUCGUAA